AUGGGGCGCAACCGACAGGCGCCUCCAGAACAGGGCGCCGGAGACCACCGGGGAACCGAGCGCGGCACCGUGAGCCCGCGGCGCAGCCCGCAGCCCCGGUCGGCCUCCCGCCCUCGCCGCACAGGCGGCCCCAGAGCUCCGCGCCUCCCCCGCUGCCUGGCUCGGCUGCCCCGGGGCCCUGUCCUCCCGCCCCGGUGUGGGCGAGCUCUGCCGGUGGAGCGGCGACCUUCCAGCCCGGUGCCCGACGCCCAGAGCGGAAGAAGCAAAAAGAAGGCGAAGAAAGACGCAGAGAAGGAGACACUGCUUUGGCUGGGGCUCUCCACUCGCAGAAACCUUCCCAAAGUCCCGUCCAGCCGCCGCCGCCGCCGCCCGGCCGGCAGGGGGCACAGUGGGCAGCCGGGGCGCCGUGGCCGGGCUAGGGGGUCCCCUGGGAGGCCCCCAGGCGCCGAGUUCCCGCUCGUACCUCGCAGAAAGCCCGGAGCACCCGGCGUCGGACUCUCGUCAGCACCCCAGCCCCUCCUGCUUGCACCGCGCCAGCCCGGCUCUUCUCAGCCCCUCUGCCCUGGCAGCCAGACGAGCGCCUUUCCCCACGCGACGGAGGCGGGAGGGGACGCGGUCAGCUUCCCCCUUCUGGCCGAAUGGCCCUCUCUGACGCUCGGCCCCCGCUCCCCUGGAACACUCCCUCCCGAGCCCAGUCGGGCUGGGCGGGGGUGGCUGUUUGGCCUGGGCAUCGUCUUACUAAUUCGGAACGACGGAGUGGAGGCCACUCAAAGAGGAGGCGAUCCCAGCGGAGGAGGCUUCGUGACUCCUAGCUUCUCCCCCUUACUCCUGUCCCGCACCCACCGGCCCACCCACCACUCGGGACGCGCCCUCGUGGGUUUUUAUACUGGAUGGAGGGGGCGCCGCCAGGAAGCCAAGCCUCCCCCGCUAACUCUUGUUUCUGCAAUUGUAAAGGUAGACACAGCCUCUAUUUGCUGUGAUUGUAGCGAAUGUGACCCCUCAGAAAUUCUUUUUGUCCGCCCCCGAAGGUGGCUGGAGGGCUUGGCGGAAGGUGCCAAGGGCCGCUGGAAGUUGUUUUUAUGGCACUACGAAUCGAAUCAGAAGAUUGAGGAAGAAGAUAUUCAUUCCAUGAAUUUAUUGAGUACUUCCAAAUGCCAGGUCUGGAGAAGAAAAUGCUGGGGGAUAGCACUCGUAACUGGAUCUGGCUUUGUAGCUUUCCCUCUACCUGUACUCACCCUACAGACUUUUGAAAUAUUAAGAAGAAUGUUAAAGGGAUUUUACUAGAGGAGUUGAUCGAUCAUUGAAUUCCUUGCCAGCAAAACGUUUUGAUGAGAUACACUUGGGAACAGAGUGGUUUGAGUCCAGCAAGGGAAGAAUUGGUGACCUUGCUUCCAUUCGCUCAUAGCGCACGUCCAUGUCAAGCUUUCCUUGUGUCAUCCGGAGGUGCUCCUCCUCUGAACACCGGAAACCUCUCUGUCCACCAGAGCCUGCCCUUCGACCUCUCCCACCAGAGAUGUUGUUUGACUUUCAGUCACCAAAACCUACCCAGUUCUUCCAGUUUAUUAGCCAUUUUUGGCCUCACUUCUUUCCUUUUGAAUUAAAUGCCUAGACUCACCAUUCUGAAUUUA